AUGGCCCCACAAGCUAACCACACAGUCCAGGAGUUUAUUCUCCUGGGACUCUCUGAUAGACCAGAGUUGCAGAUCCCCCUCUUUGUGAUGUUUCUACUGAUAUACGUGCUGACUCUGAUGGGGAACCUCGGAAUGAUGGCCUUAAUCCAGGCCGAUUCCCGACUCCACACCCCCAUGUAUUUUUUCCUCAGCAAUUUUUCAUUGGCUGAUGUCUGUUAUUCCACCGUCAUCACCCCCAAGGUGCUGGUGAACUUCUUAUCAGACAGGAAAGUCAUUUCCUUCACUGAAUGCAUAGUGCAGUUGUAUAGCUUUGUUGUCUUUGGGAUUGUUGAGUGUUACCUCCUAGCUGCAAUGGCCUACGACCGGUACAUAGCCAUCUGUAAGCCCCUGCUGUACAUGGUCAUCAUGUCAAAGGGGAUUUGUGCCCGGCUGGUGGGAACUUCCUACACCGUUGGCUUUCUGUGCGCGCUGUUAUACACAAGUUGCACCUUUGGAGGCUCCUUCUGUGAGUCAAACCAAAUCAAUCAUUUCUUUUGUGAUAUCAGCCCACUUCUGCAGCUCUCCUGCUCUGAAAUCCGCAACAAUGAGAUGGUGAUCUUUGCCUUUGUUGGCCUCAAUGGGAUAGGUACUGCUGGGAUCACGUUCAUCUCUUAUUUCUACAUCCUCUCCACCAUUCUAAAGAUGCAGUCCACACAAGGCAGGUCGAAAGCCUUCAACACCUGUGCCUCCCAUUUGACAGUUGUUUCCUUAUUCUAUGGGACUGGAUUCUUCAUGUAUCUCCAGCCUAGUUCAAGCCACACCGGUCUAGACAAAGUGGCUUCCGUGUUCUACACCAUGGUGACCCCCAUGUUGAACCCUCUGAUCUACAGCCUGAGGAACAGGGAGGUGAAGGAUGCCCUGAAAAGAAUGAUUGGAUGGAAAAUGUUUUCCCAGCUCCUGCCUUCUUUAAAGUCAUGUAAAAUUCUGAUUUGCUUUUUUUAG